AUGUUAACAUCAAAUUCAGAAUAUCAUGAAGAUUUAGAACGAAGCGAUACUGUCUAUACACAAAUUGAAUUAUCUCCACAUAAUGAUGGAACGUAUCGUCACGUAGUACCAGGUUUGGAAGUAUUUCAUUUUCUUGAACACACAGGCAAAGGUGGCCUUAUCCGACUUCUUGACGGAUUCAAUGUUAUUCAAAGUUUAAAAAUGGAUCAUUUUAAUAUUUUAUCAUCGAUUCCCGCUCGAUUUUCUGUUAUGAAAAAGAGAAUCUAG